UUAAUUGUCUAGGAAAAUACAUAGAAGUACGUGUGGACUGUCUAAAGAAUAACGUAGAUGAAUUACGUGCUAUGAGACAUUACAAUCAUAGCAAAAAAUCCAUAAAUAGCUCAUCCGAGUCCAGUUCAUCCGACUCAAGUUCUUCUGAAGAAACUAUUACAAUAGUGGAGGAAUUCGAGGAAUCCGAUUCAGAUUAUACACCAUGCAAAGGAUUUAUUGGCCCCAAAAAGAAGAUUCAUAAAUCUGAUCCAACUAGUCCAGAACAGAGAUCAUCCACCCGGAAGCACUGCUGCGCCCAUCCUGCAAAUUUCUAUAAUUUUCAUUGCGCAGAAACAGAAGAGGCGCGUCAAAUUCAUUUUGAAAAAUUGGGCGGCGUUAUGGAAAUAGCACCAAAAAAUACGUAA